UAGCAUUCUUGUAUGGAAAAUAUUUACAUAUAUAAUAUUAUCUCUGUAGCUGUAAUCAAAGAAUGGAAUAAUCUGCCGAUAUUACAAGACUUGGGAGCUUCGCGAUUUCACCGUAGCAGACCAGAGCAGGGCUAAACGACGCCGUUUUUCAGUUUGGGCAUGGCUGAUCACUCCAAAGACGAUAUCUUCCAGCUGAUCAAGAAAUUUGGGGCUUUUCUUACCCUCAAAUUCAACAAUCUCUUCCACAAUCUGGAUUCACGAUCUAUUGGGGCUAUAGCAGGAUUAGCUGUUGCAAUUCUCUUUACUUGGAGACUAUUGAGGUCGCCUAGUGAACCUCAAAGAAGGCAACCUAAACGAGAAACUACAGCACCUAGUAGUUCUGGACCUACUAACCAUUCAAAUCCAAAUCAGAUAUCUUCUGGUGUAUCUUCACAAGAUUCUGGGGCACAGAAUGUUAUUGAUGAGUUCUUUCAGCCAGUAAAGCCAACUCUUGGACAAAUAGUUAAGCAGAGAUUGAGUGAAGGGAGGAAGGUGACAUGCAGGUUGCUUGGUGUUAUACUAGAAGAAAGUACUCCGGAAGAGCUUCAGAAACAAGCAACUGUGAGGUCCUCGGUGCUGGAAGUGCUUCUUGAAAUCACAAAAUAUUGUGAUCUCUAUCUCAUGGAAAGAGUUUUAGACGAUGAGAGUGAGAAAAAGGUUCUAGCGGCUUUAGAAGAUGCUGGAAUAUUCACAUCGGGUGGCUUAAUCAAGGACAAGGUUCUUUUUUGUAGCACUGAAACUGGGAGAACAUCUUUUGUUCGGCAGCUGGAGCCAGAUUGGCACAUAGACACAAAUCCAGAAAUAAUUCAUCAGUUAUCGAGGUUUAUAAGAUAUCAACUUCAAAUUGCGUCAGUCAAACCGGAACGGUCGGCAGGGAAUAUUCUUAGCUCUCCAUCACUGGAAGAGUUCUUUGGAUGUGUUUAACUUGGAACUUAAAGUAAAACUGGAAAUAGGUUUUCAGUUAUCUUAGAUUUGUUAUUUACUGUGCAUCAACCCUUUUCUUUGGUUCGUUAUUGUUUGUUGUACUAUGCUCUCCCAGUCCUCGAGCAACCAAAACGAGAGGCCUGUCUUGUAUAUGUAGCAGACUAGUUUAAAUCACAGGACACCGCUCAUUUUGGUCUUUGUGCAAUAUACAGAUGUACCAUUUGAAUUUUCGGAAGUUUGUACAUUUGUUUUCA